GUUUUAAUUUUUGCAGAGUCAUUAAAUGGUCCAGAACGAUAUAAAUUGCGGCUAGGGAGGAACGAGGCCAACAUUCUACUAACAGCAUCAAUCCAGAGCAGAAAUGAAAUCGUUCGUUUGUGUAGUUCUUGUGGCCGCCCUGAUUGGAGUCAAUGCUCUAACAGAAGAGCAGCUCAAGAAAGCUGAUGGAUUUGCCUCCGAGUGCUUGGAAAAGUCCAACGGCCUGUCGAAGGAAACUGUGGGCAAACUGCGCAGCGGAGAUUUUGCCAAUGUUGAUCAGGAUUCAAAGUGCUUCGUCAAAUGUUUCCUGGAACGGGCUGGUUUCAUGAGCACCGAUGGAAAUCUGGUCGCUGAUUACGCAAUCGAACGAUUGUCUCUGGAUCGUGAGAAGAGUAAGGUGGAAGCGUUGGUCAUGAAGUGCAGCAUGCAAAUGGAUGAUCCGUGUGAAACUGCUUUCCGCGCUUUCGAGUGCUACUACAACGGAAAAGCUUCGUUGCUCUAGAUGUGAUAUUAGAAUAUAACUUGUAUGAUGAUUUUCGGAUGACUAAUAAAGUGAUAGUGAAAACAAACAUGAAUCUCUAGUGGCUUCAAGAAAAUAUGGUUUAAAUCUGUUAUAAGAAAACUGUUUGACAGUGUAUUUGUAAUUAUUUAAAUUGCAAAAUAAAAUGUGAAUCCA